AGUUUGCGAUUAAAUUCGCAGCUGUAAACAAGGCUACACAAAAUACUUCAAACUUAAAAGUGCACCGUCCGAAAAAGAGACGGGCAACCCUCUUUGAUACCAACAGUGCAUCAGCCUAACACUAAGAGCUUUUCUUCAGUCGUAAUGUAAAUGAGAGAGACACCGUCAGCAGCACAGUGUGAUGAGACGCGACAGACGACAUCUGCAGUGAAACCGAGUCAGAACCGGGACGGCUGCACCGGAACGCAAUCACUGCACCGGAGCAAUAAUAACUUCAUACUGCAUAAAACGCGUCCUCUCGUCAUGCUGAUCUUGUGCUUGGAAACCAUUACCUGUGGGCUGUUGUUACUUUCACCCUUUGUGAACACCUACCCAGCCGACUUGGAGAAAGGACGUAGGAGAGUGGUUCAUGUAAUGGAGGACGAAACAGGGGCAGUGAUAGUCCAGACUGCUCCAGGUAAGGUGGUCACUCAUCGUGGUGGCACUAUCACUCUUCCCUGCCGUUACCACCAUGAACCAGAGGACGUCGACCCUAACCGCAUCCGCAUCAAAUGGACAAAGGUUUCUGACGCUUUCCAGUUUGAAGACGUAUUUGUAGCACUGGGGCGACAACAGAAGGCAUUUGGGUCCUACCGUGACCGAGUGUCUCUGGAACGGGCCGGGCCAGGAGAUGCUUCAGUUAUUAUUCACAAUAUCACCUUGCAAGAUUAUGGCCGCUACGAGUGUGAGGUCACCAAUGACAUGGAGGAUGACACAGGAUUUGUCAAUCUAGACCUUGAAGGUGUGGUGUUCCCAUACUACCCUCCAUCUGGACGCUACAAGUUGAACUACCACCAGGCAGAGGAAGUGUGCCAACAGCAAGAUGCAAUUCUGGCCUCCCAUGCACAGCUCCACAAGGCAUGGCUUGAGGGACUGGACUGGUGCAACGCCGGCUGGUUAGAGGAUGGUUCGGUCCAGUACCCCAUCUCCCAUCCUCGAGACCAAUGUGGCCGAAAAGAAAGCCCUCCGGGGGUCCGUAACUAUGGCUAUAGGCACAAAGAUGAUGAACGCUAUGAUGCUUUUUGUUUUACCUCGAACCUCAAUGGACGUGUUUACUUCCUCAAACGUUUUAAGAAGGUAAACUACAUCGAGGCAGUAAAGGCGUGUCAACGUGACGACGCAGUGAUCGCCAAAAUUGGACAACUAUACGCCGCAUGGAAGAUCCAGCUCUUGGACCGUUGUGAGGCUGGCUGGGUGGAAGAUGGCAGCAUCCGUUACCCCAUCGUCAAUCCUCGGGCCCGCUGUGGGGGCCCAGAACCUGGGGUUCGAAACCUAGGUUUCCCUGAUAAAAAGUUCCGCCUCUACGGAGUCUACUGUUUUCGGAAGAACACUGAUGUCCAGUCAACACAGGCUCCCAAAGAAACCACAACCAAACUGGCUAAUAGCACCAGAAGCAUCUGAAAGUGCAAAAUACCAGUUACUAGCAUCAUGGCUUCCAUGUUUGACCGACAAGGCUUUUUGCACACCUGCUAGGCUAAUAGACAACUAGGCUAGUGCUGAACUCGGGGCUUGUACAAUUUAACACACUUGCUUGAAAUGAGGUGUCAAUCAUCUCUAAAUUGAGAAAGUAAGCAACUUUUCUCCUCAGAGACAUUAGUUUCGCAGUGUACCCUGCAUGCAGAAUUUAGCCUUCAGGUUUUCAAUUUGUUUUAUUUUGCUGUUUCCCAGGGAAGACAAAAGUGACUUUAAUUAGCGCUAUGAAAACAGGAAAGCUAAUUUAGCCUUACAAUGACUAUAGCACAUUAGCAAUAGCCCUCAAUGGCCUGAUGAUGAGAAAGUAAUAAUGAACAAAACUUGCAUCAGAUGCUAGCAUGAACUGGCUAGCUUGGCUGGGCUUAGCUUGCUUAUUAAAAUGAACUUUCAGAGUUAUUGUCAUCAAAGCAAGUAGCAAAACUGAUUAGCUUUGCCAAUUACUAUGCACAUAACACUAGACACUCGUUUUUUGAUACAUUUUGAAUGACCUCGCAAGCAAUAACAGAAUUAGGCAUGACAUUUUCUAAAUGUUUAUUACAGUGGUAAAGCUAAAGUAUUGUGAAUGACAGACUUACAUCAGCUGCUUUACUGAUUACACUGUCCAUUCAGUAUUGCAAAAUAUUGUCUGUGAUAAUGCAUUUUAGAUUAAAGUUAUUUACCUGUU